UUCGAAUCGUCGGCAACCGCAGUCCUUAUGUUCGCCAAAGCCAUUCGCAACAACGCUCACGUCGUCGCCGGUGUCGGCGCUUUCACCCUCGGCAUCGCCGGCGGCCUCAAUCGCCCUGCGUCCGAAUCCGCGUCGACGCACUCGGCGCUGAACGAAAUCGCGCUGCGUUUGCGUGCGAUCGAACAAGACUUGGGCCUCAAGAGCCCCGAAGAUGGCAAACCCAAGUACAACAACUACCCCGUGCUCACCCCCAAGCACAAGUCGCUCAUGGCGAAGCACAUCACGCCCGAGAUUUACGCCAAGUUGGCCGGUCGACAAACGUCCUAUGGCUACACGUUGGACCAAGCGAUCCAGACCGGCAUCGACACGCCACAUUUGGGCGUUGGCAUCGUCGCCGGCGAUGAGGACUCGUUCGUUACGUUCAAAGAACUGAUGGACCCGAUCAUCGAAGGAUGGCACGGGUACAAGCCCGAAGACAAGCAUCACUCGGACUUGGACUACACCAAAAUCAAGAACGGCAACAUCCCGUCUUCGUACGUCGAAAGCACGCGCAUCCGUGCAGGCCGCAGCGUCCGCGGGCUGGCGCUCCCGCCUGGCACGUCCCGCGGCGAGCGUCGCGAAGUCGAACGCGUCUUGUCGAAAGCACUCGGCAACCUCACGGGCGACCUUCGCGGCAAGUACUACCCGUUGGCCAAGAUGACCAAGCAAGAAGAGCAACAGCUCAUCGACGACCACUUCCUCUUCCAAAAGCCCGGCGGCGGCACGUUGCUCACGAACGCCGGCGCCGCGCGCGACUGGCCCGACGGCCGCGGCAUCUUCCACAACGACGCCAAGUCGUUCUUGGUCUGGGUCAACGAAGAAGACCACAUGCGCGUCAUCUCGAUGGAGAACACGGGCAACGUCCAGAACGUGUUUGAGCGCUUCGUCCGCGGCGUGAACGACGUCGAGAAGGUCGUCAAGGCCGAGGGCCGCGAGUACAUGUACGACGACCACCUCGGCUUCCUCUGCACGUGUCCGUCCAAUCUCGGCACGGGCCUGCGCGCCAGCGUCAUGAUCAAGUUUCCCAAGCUCUCGGAGAACUCGGACCAGUUUUACGCGCUCUGCGAUGUGCUCGGUCUCCAGGCGCGCGGGUCCAAGGGCGAACACUCUCCUCCUGGUCCUGGCGGCGUCUACGACGUGUCCAACAAGGCGCGCAUCGGGUUCUCAGAGGUGGAGCUCGUCCAGACCAUGAUCGACGGCGUGUGGAAGCUCAUUGAGCUCGAGGAAGACCUGAAGAAGGGUUUGAGUAUCGCCGACAAGGUGGCCAAGCUCGGGGUGAAGGCAGGGGCCAAGUCUAGCGGCCAUUAACGGUUCGUCGGUGCUGGCGGCCGUCCGCCGAGUGUAAACGAAUCAAUGCAUGCUGCUUCCAACGCGUUGUCCAAAGUUGCAACGAUCGACGUAAAAAUAUGGCUCAAAUCGAAACGUCGUUUCAUUGAAAC